UACAUUGUUGCCACUCCCAGUCAUCCUCAUGGGUGCGCUCAUUGACUGGCUCGUGCCUCCAGAUGCAAAAUAAUCUUCAAAUCUUUGUGGGAUGCAUUUUGCGCCUCUUGACGGGAGCAGAAGCAGAGUGCCGAAGGAUCAUAGGCAGAUGACGUCGAUAUGGGUGUUACUGGGUUAUGGAACGUGCUACAGCCUUGCGCACGUCCAGUCAAGCUCGAGACAUUGAAUAAGAAGCGGCUAGCAAUAGAUGCGUCUAUUUGGAUCUAUCAAUUUCUCAAGGCCGUCCGAGACAAGGAAGGAAAUGCCCUGCGCAAUAGUCACGUCGUUGGCUUCUUCCGCAGAAUAUGCAAACUCCUCUUUUUUGGCAUCAAACCAAUCUUUGUCUUCGAUGGUGGUGCUCCAGCUCUUAAACGUCAGACAAUUUUGGGCCGAAAGCAACGCCGAGAAGGAAGAAGGGAAGAUGCCGUUCGAACUGCCGGAAAGCUACUAGCCGUACAAAUGCAACGGCGCGCGGAGGAGGAACACAGGAGAAGAAAAGACGCAAGCAGUGCCAAUCGUCCGAACGAGGAAGAGGAGAAGCUACCGGAGGAGCUCGUGUACGUCGACGAGCUUCAGAUGACACCUCAAGAGCGCAGAUUAAACCGACAGUUCAAAAAGAAGGAUGCGUAUCAUCUUCCAGACCUGGACGUAUCGCUCACGGAAUUGGGAGCACCAGGAGACCCACGGGUCAUGUCUCAAGAGGAGCUAGAAGAAUACGCGCGCCAAUUUCACAGAGGCGAGGAUAUCAACCUUUACGACUUUUCAAAUAUCGAUUUCAACAGCCCUUUCUUUUUGAGUCUACCGGCUAGCGACAGAUAUAAUAUUCUCAAUGCGGCAAGAUUGCGAAGCAGGCUCAGAAUGGGUUAUUCAAAAGACCAACUCGAUAGCAUGUUUCCUGACCGCAUGGCAUUUUCUAAAUUUCAGAUCGAACGAGUGAAAGAGAGAAAUGACUUGACACAACGAUUAAUGAAUCUCAAUGGCAUGAAUGGGACAGACGCGGAUUUAGGACUCAACGCUACCGGAAGGGUGGAAGGCGAAAGAGGUCGCGAGUAUGUCCUUGUGAAGAAUGACGGUGCGGAAGGUGGCUGGGCAUUAGGCGUUGUCGGCAGUGCGGACGAAGGAAAAAGCGACAAGCCCAUAGAUGUUGAGGUCUACGACCAGAUGGCGGUGCCGAAAACCAAUGCCGACGAAGAAGCGGACGAUGAAGACGGCUUUGAAGAUGUCCCUAUUGAAGGUUUGAAUCGUCUGCCGAAACACAUUUCACAGGCAAGACCUAGUGCUGAAGAUCACUUUGUUUUGCAAGAGAACGCUAGGAGGAGAGAGGAAUUUUACUCAGCUCGAAAGCGUCAGACUGGAGCGCAACCUACGCCGGAAGAAACGGAUGGUCAACUUGAUACAUUGUUCAUUCCAGAAGAUGAACCGUCUCAAUUGGGUGAGACUCAUGAUCUUUUUCAUGAUGGUUCAGUAUCGGAUGAGGAAGAACAGCUUCAAAGGGCCAUCCAGUUGUCACUACAACCCUCUGCUGAAGGCAAGAGCCCCGCCGAUCUUUUGGACAUGGAGGAUGAUGAUCUGCUCAAUUUUGAUGGGGGAAACGAAGUGCCCUCGGCUUCCAAAUCUCCCGCGAUAGCUGCUCCUCGGCAUCUGGAAGCCAUCGCAGACGAUCAAGAUGACUUGGAUAUGCAAUCUGCUCUUGCAGAGAGUCGUUCCAAUCAAGCGGUCAGCGACCAAGCCCGGAGUCAAAAAACUACAGCACCUCCUACCCGCGCAACGUCUGCAUUUGGGAACAAACCCGCUGCCCAAAAGUUUGAUGGCCCGCUUCCAUUUAAAAGGCUUGAAUUCGGCAAGUCGAUGCUUCGAAAGAAGCAACCUGAAAAAGAGCCCGAUGAGGAAGCAGGAGGAUUCGAGAAAGGCCCAGCGGAGGAAGAAGAAAAGGCACAACCUCUGCCUCCAUGGUUUGCUGGCGACGUAGCGAAGGAUCUGAAAGCUGCUAAAGACUAUGAAAAGCGGGAAGCAGAGUCAGCGCGCGAGCAUGAUAUUUUUGGGUCGCGGAACGAGAUUCUACUGAAUAAGCCCAAGCAGAGAGAAGUGAUUGACCUCGACGAGGAGGAAAAGCCCGCUGCGACCAUGACUCGUCCCAUCGAGCUCAGUCCCAGCUCCAGUCCGAAGCCGAGAGACAAAGUCGACGCUUCAAAUGACGCCAAGCCAUCGCUGCCGACCUCCGCAGCACAUGAGGUGCACAAGUCCCCUGAAAUACCUCCUGCUCACCAACCCGCGGAACCUUCCUCGCCCAAGAGUGUGAGCGAGGAAUCCUUACAGUGGGAGAACGUUGCAGAAGAAGGGGAACCCGCUCCCCAGCAACAAGAACCAGUCGACCUUCAACCCCUUGAACAAGCCGAUUACGAUUUCCCUCCACCUUCGCCCAAUCGUGAAGUUGAUCAUUCCUACGACCAUGCUCCCGAAUACCUUCAGCCCGCCGCUGGUGCAGGCGAAGACGUCGUCGAGGACGCUGGCGUCUACUCCGACGACGCCGAAGAAGACGAACUCAUGCAACAACUUGCUCAAGAAGCAGAAGAACACGCACGAUUCGCAUCCAGUCUCAACAACCACAGAUCCCAAUUCCAAGACGCCGCUGACUACGAGCGCGAGCUCAAACAACUCCGCAGCCAACAAAGCAAAGACCGCCGUGACGCCGACGAAAUCACUCAAAUCAUGAUCACCGAAUGCCAGCAGCUCCUCAAACUCUUUGGCCUCCCAUACAUCACCGCGCCCAUGGAAGCCGAGGCCCAAUGCGCCGAGCUCGUCUCCCUCGGCCUCGUCGACGGCAUCGUCACCGACGACAGCGACAUUUUUCUUUUCGGCGGCACCCGCGUGUACAAGAACAUGUUCAACCAAGCCAAAUUCGUCGAAUGCUACCUCUCCUCUGAUCUCGAAAAGGAGCUCGACCUGGAUCGCAACCGUCUCAUUCGUCUCGCUCACCUGCUUGGGAGCGACUACACUGAAGGUCUGCCCAGCGUCGGGCCCGUCACCGCCCUGGAAAUCCUUUCCGAGUUCGACUCCCUUGAAGGUUUCAAGGACUGGUGGACUAUCGUUCAAUCAGGACUUCGGAACCCCAGCGCCGCCGCCACCCAGGACACCGCGUCCCCCUUCCGCAGACGUUUCCGCCGAAACGCAACGAAACUCUUCCUCCCCCCCACCUUUCCCGACCAACGCGUCGACUACGCCUACUUGAAUCCAGAAAUCGAUUCCGAUCCUUCCAGUUUUGUAUGGGGCAUGCCCGACCUCGAUGCCCUCCGCUCGUUCCUCAUGGCCACUAUCGGAUGGAGCCAGGCCCGCACAGAUGAAAUCCUCGUCCCUGUGAUCCGAGACAUGAAUCGCAGAGAAGUCGAGGGCACGCAGGCCAAUAUUACAAAUUUCUUUUCGGGAUCUGUCGGUGCGGGCGCAGGCGCAGGCGCAGGUGUAGGUACAGGUGGCAGUGCAAGCGCAAGCGCGCCUGCACAGGCGUUUGCGCCAAGACGCAGAAAGGAAGCGAAGAGUAAGCGCAUGGAAGACGCGUGGAGUAAGCUUCAGCAGAGAGCGAAGAAGAGGAGAAAAGGCAAUGAAGAUGGGGAUUGAAGCUGAGGGCAUCUAAUGGGUAGAUUGAGUAGAUUCAAGGAGUUUUCUUUUUUUGGGGGUUGUUUUUUUGGGGGGGGGAAGAAAGCUGUGAUUAUUUUACUCUUGGAAAGAAAAGUCCCGGUUUAAUCUUGCUAUAAUAUAUACCAUGACAGUGGACAAAUAAAGGCGGCACACGGUGUAUAUGGUACAUGGUAAAUAAGUAUCUUCUUGCAUUGAACCUUGGAAAACUAUUAAUGGAAGUGGCUAUGGUAUGA